CGGAACGUAUAAAAGCCGUCCAUCAGAGGUUACCUUCAAUUCAUUAAUCAAUAUGCAGUUCCUACAUAUCGUUGUAAUAUCAGUAGUUGCUGGCUGUAGUUGUGCAGUGUUGUUAAAACAAUAUACAGAUUGUGGAGGCCAUGGAAGCAUCCAUUCAAUCUCUUUGGAACCAUGUGACAAAGAGCCAUGUCAUAUAACCAGAGGAAAUACCUACUACACAAAUAUAAACUUCACAGCGCAGGAACACAGCAAGAAUUUAACAAACAUAUGUCAUGGUAUAAUAGCUGGUGUGCCAGAGAAUUUCCAGGUUUCACCAAGUAGCGCUUGUGGCAAUGGCGUUUCAUGUCCUUUGACUCCCGGACAAUCAGCGGUGUACAAAGCUAGUGUAACAUGUCCAUCUGAUGCCCCACAGGUUCGCCUUGCUGCAAAGUGGGAAGUACGUGACGAUAGAGGCAAAAAUUUAAUCUGUAUAGUAUUUCCACUUACGAUUGAUUAGAUAUAUAAGAAUGAUAUUAUGCAAUCUUCAAAGCUGAUUGUUGUAUGUUAGUUUCUUUUUCUAGAAUAAAAGUUGUAUACACCGUG